AAAUGAUUUUGAAAAAGAAUAUUUUCACGUUGUUCACAAUUAACCAUUCAAUUCUUUACUUUUGUUUUAUCUUCUUCCUUAAUUUGCACAAUUCAUUGAAUGAAUGAAUUAAUUGCCCAAACGCCAAUUUAAUUAAUUAGCAUUAACUCAGCUUCCUUUCGUUUGAUUUUCUCUCUCCCUCACUCAACUUCUUCUGCAAACAAUUUCUUCGUCGGCCGUCCUCAAACACAGAGCUGCAACUUCGCCUCACUUCCAAUUUUCACACUCACAGGUUCUCAAUUGUCCAAAUUCUCACAGAUUUCUUCUCUCUUUCUAUAUCAUCCAAUACCUUCCUAUACUUAUGUAUAUCUAUAUAUGUACACCCAAAAAUCUCCAGUUGUAUUUUUCUAAAUAUGCAUUGUUGUUAAUGGAAAUUGAAUCGAAUCAGAUCCAUUGAAGCCCACAAUUUCGACUUUAAAUGUCCCUCGGAUCCCUCUUUUUCUUCUAUUCCCAUGCCCCCUUUCCCAACUCUAAUAGAUCAAUUCGCAAUUCUUCAUAAUCCCACCUCAUAAAUUUGUUCAUAUUAAACAACGCUUUUUGGUUUUUGAAAAAUGGAAAAAAUGUCUGCUGCGAAAUCGUCGGGCCGAUUUUUGACGAUUGGUUUAGUGUCGGCAUGGUAUUUUUCUAACAUCGGGGUGCUGCUUUUGAACAAGUAUUUGUUGAGCAAUUAUGGGUUCAAGUACCCCAUUUUCCUGACCAUGUGCCACAUGACGGCUUGCUCGUUGCUGAGCUACAUCGCAAUCGCGUGGCUGAAGAUGGUUCCAAUGCAGACAAUAAGAUCUAGGGUUCAGUUCAUGAAGAUCUCUACUCUUUGCUUGAUUUUCUGUGCGUCUGUUGUUAGCGGGAAUAUUUCGCUCAAGUACUUGCCCGUUAGCUUUAAUCAAGCCAUUGGCGCCACAACUCCUUUCUUCACCGCUGUAUUUGCGUACUUGAUAACUCAGAAAAGAGAGGCAUGGUUGACAUAUGUGACUUUGAUUCCGGUCGUCACUGGGGUUGUCAUUGCUAGUGGGGGCGAGCCAAGCUUCCACUUAUUUGGAUUUAUCAUGUGUGUUGGAGCAACAGCUGCUAGGGCACUUAAAUCAGUGCUGCAGGGGAUUUUGCUUUCUUCUGAAGGGGAGAAGCUGAAUUCUAUGAAUUUGCUCUUGUACAUGGCUCCUAUAGCUGUUGUAUUCCUACUUCCAGCAACACUCUUUAUGGAGGAAAAUGUAGUCGGUAUCACCUUGGCACUUGCAAGAGAGGAUAACAGAAUUGUUUGGUUACUCCUAUUUAAUUCUUCUCUUGCAUAUUUUGUAAAUUUGACCAAUUUUCUGGUUACAAAGCACACCAGUGCUUUGACUCUUCAGGUCCUUGGAAAUGCAAAAGGGGCUGUGGCUGUUGUAGUCUCAAUAAUGAUAUUUAGGAAUCCCGUCUCAGUUACUGGAAUGCUCGGGUACAGUCUGACUGUUGUCGGUGUUAUUCUCUAUAGUGAAGCGAAGAAGCGUAGUAGAUGAAAUGACUAAACUGGACGAGCAUCAACUGUGAAUAUCAUCUGUUCUGUUUUGUAAUGUGAAGAGAGGUUUGACCUUCUCAGGUAAAGUUUGGACCAUUUGUUGGCAAUUAACUGCAUAUGGAACAUGUCUUCAGAUUUGUCCAGUAGCCUGGGAGAGAGGCCUCAACACAUUAUUUGCCAGAGUUACAAAUGUUAAACGAGAAAUUGUCUUAAUUUCGUUCAUGGAAGAAAAAGAAAAUCAUUUUUUGAACUUUAUUUUCAUUCAGGAAGAUUGUAUAAUCACGAUUCAAAUUACGUAGCAUGUUUGCUUUUUUGCCGUGAUUUAUGAAAAGCCAUGUAAGUUUACAAA